GCGAGGGUUGGUGGAGGGCAGAGCCGGGAGCCCCUCAGUCAGGCUGCUGCUUGGGCCCAGAGGGUGGGGAAGACAGGGAGCGCGUCCCCCACCCCGCCAGGGAGCAUUGCCCGGGGAAGGUGCCAGGCCUGAGUCCAGCAGAACCCUGUCCAGCCCGAGCAGAGGAGGCCAGGAGGGGACGGUGUCUGUUCGCAUGCAUAAGGCGGCCGAAGGCAGGGAGAGAUGAAAAGGAGUCACCGUUCAUCAGGAUCUUGUUAUUCAACCUAAUUUUCAAAGGACCACAGCUGUCGUGCUGAGAUAAUCCGUUAAUUAUAACAGCCAUUGUGCUUUGGCAGCGGGAGAGACCGAGGCUGGGGACAGGCUGGAGGCAGCAGGCCUCCGCAGGGCCUGGCCUCUGAGAGAGGGCAGGGUCAGAGGCAGAGAGGGGCGCCCUGCCCCCAGGACCGGAGGGUGCCACGCUCAGGGCCAGGUCCCCCCUUUCUUGCUGUCAUGGUAAGAGGAUGGGCGAUGUGGCCCUGCUGUGGGCCCCACAGGGCUGCCCCCUGGCCCUGGGCCGCAGGGUUUGCCAAGCUAACUGAGCAGCUACUACGUGCCAGAUCCUGCUCGGCCACUCCUCCCUCUGGCUAGGGCCCCUCUUGUCCCGUUUUAUAGGACAGGAAACUGAGGCUCAAAGAAAGGGAACUAACCAGGCCCAUGGUCUCAGUUGGGUGAGCUGGACGUGACCCCUGCCCUUCCAGGAGAACAUGAGAGAGGACAGGUCCUGUUGGAGGGGCCACCUGAGUUGGUGCAGGUGGGAGCUGUCACAUCCCGGCCUCGGGCUCUGCCCAGCCAGCAGUCACCACGGUCACCGUGGCCCUCUUAUGCUUCCGGGCCCUGUCCCCCCAGCACGAGGCCCUGACAGAGCCUCCUUGUUCUCUGAGCCGCAGCUGCAGCCCCCACCCCCAGGCUGGCCCGGGUGCCCUUCAGCGGGGCUGGCCACCCCCGCCCGCCCCAGAGAAGCUGGUUUCAGGGCCAGGGGAGGGUAGGGGACCCUCCAGGGCAGCGUCCGUGCUGGCCCAGUGACCACCCAGGAGGAGGAGACAGAAAGUGGGUGGGCUCUGGCCCUGGGCAGGGUUUCUCAGCCUGGCCCAGGGCCUCGAGAGGGUGGGCAAGGGGGUAGCCAGCAGGCCAGGUGAGCGGUGCCCGGGACACUUCGGUACAGGCCCUGUGGAGGAGCCAGGCCUCGGGCCCCCUGGAGUCCCUGCAGCCUUGGCAGGAAGCCUGGGGAGCUGUGUCCAGCAGGGACCCACCUUCACCCCGCAGCCCAGGAGAAACUGCCUGGCCCACCUCAUGGCCACCGUAGUGGCCCUGGCUGGGGAUUCUUCCCGUGGGCCUGCUCAGAGCCAGGGGGGCGUGGGCAGGUCGGGCCAGCGCCAAGUCCCACAGAGGCCAGGAGUCAACUGGCCUUGAGGUCGGCCCUGGAGCACUUGGACCUGGCUCGUCACAGGGACCCCAGGAUGACAAGGUCCAGCCGGAGCUCAGAGUCACCGCCAGGCAGGCCGGGGCUCGGGAAGGAGGCCCUCAGGUCCACCUCGAGGUCCGUCUUGCUGACCUCACAAACCCCUGCCCCCAGGGCCAAGGGGGAGGAUGGCCCUGCCUGCUCCGUCCUGCAGGGAUGGAGACGGGGACAGCCACGUCCUCCAAGGUCAUCGGUGGAUUCCAGAAAUGGGGCUUUGAAAGAUAAACCUCCCGGGUUUUCAGGGGGUCCGUUAGCUCAAAGCGGCUCCCAGUCACCGUCAGGGGGAGCGGGGCCCCACACUCCUGGGCCACGGCCCCUGCGUGGCGGUCGGAGACCCCAGUUUCCUCAUCUAUAAAGUAGGAACACAAGAGUUGUGGCCCUGGGAUCGAGGGACCAGCACCCAGGCCCAGCCCACGACCUCCCACAUGCCCGGCCUCUGGCGGGGCCACCUAGCCGGCCACACGGAGGUCACCCCGCCACCCGGAGCCUCCACUUCUCCCCAGGGGGCCCCUAGACACCCGGCUGCUGCCUUGGGCCAGGCCCAGGGUGUGGGAGGCAGGGAGACACCCACUUGGGGACCCUGGAGGAGGAGCAGGCGGUGGAACAGAGCCGGGAGGGUGGGCCUAGCCGGUGCCUGGUACAUAGUAGGUGCUCCAUAAAUGUUUAUUGAAUGAAUGAAUGGAGGCCAUGCAGGCAGAGGCAGCCGUGGCGCGGGCACUGGUGAAAGCGGGUCCAGUGGAGACUGGAACCAGGUGACCGAUGGGGCGCUUCCCUCCUGACCCCGUCUCUUGCGCCCUUGGUGCCGCUCUCCAGUCUCCCGUGGGGAUCUUCUGAAGUUCUGAGCCCAGAGCCCGAGGAGGAAGAGGAGGAGGAGGAGGAGGAGGAGGAGCAAGUCGAGGCUGAGAGCCGUGGUCCUUCCCACCCGGAGACCAGGAGCCGGCCAGUAGCAGGCUCCGGGUGCCCGCACCCUGGCCAGGCCCCGUGCCUGCCGGUAGCUCCCCGGCCCAGCUGUUGGCACCCGCCGUGCCCACCCUGCCUGGGGCCCCCACGCUGGGGGUCGCCCCCAAGAUGGUGGCGGCCCCCGGGAGGACUGUGCCGCCAGCCCCAGCUUCUGGCCGCUAGGCACCCCCCGCUUGGCCCUCCGCUCAGCCCGCCGAGGCCCGCGCCAUGCUGCGCCUGGGGCUGUGCGCGGCCGCGCUGCUGUGCGUGUGCGGGCCGGGGGCGGUGCGCGCCGACUGCUGGCUCAUCGAGGGGGACAAGGGCUACGUGUGGCUGGCCAUCUGCAGCCAGAACCAGCCGCCCUACGAGACCAUCCCGCAGCACAUCAACAGCACGGUGCACGACCUGCGGCUCAACGAGAACAAGCUCAAGGCCGUGCUCUACUCCUCGCUCAACCGCUUCGGGAACCUCACCGACCUCAACCUGACCAAGAACGAGAUCUCCUACAUCGAGGACGGCGCCUUCCUGGGCCAGUCCAGCCUGCAGGUGCUGCAGCUGGGCUACAACCGGCUGAGCAACCUGACCGAGGGCAUGCUGCGCGGCAUGGGCCGCCUGCAGUUCCUCUUCGUGCAGCACAACCUCAUCGAGGUGGUGACGCCCACCGCCUUCUCCGAGUGCCCGAGCCUCAUCAGCAUCGACCUGUCCUCCAACCGCCUCAGCCGCCUGGACGGCGCCACCUUCGCCAGCCUGGCCAGCCUGAUGGUGUGCGAGCUGGCCGGCAACCCCUUCAACUGCGAGUGCGACCUUUUCGGCUUCCUGGCCUGGCUCGUCGUCUUCAACAACGUCACCAAGAACUACGACCGGCUGCAGUGCGAGUCGCCCAGGGAGUUCGCGGGCUACCCGCUGCUCGUGCCCCGGCCCUACCACAGCCUCAACGCCAUCACCGUCCUGCAGGCCAAGUGCCGCAACGGCUCGCUGCCCGCCCGGCCCCAGAGCCACCCCACGCCCUACUCCACCGACGCCCAGAGGGAGCCGGACGAGAACUCGGGCUUCAACCCGGACGAGAUCCUCUCGGUGGAGCCGCCGGCCUCGUCCACCACGGACGCCUCCGCGGGGCCCGCCAUCAAGCUGCACCACGUCACCUUCACCUCGGCCACCCUGGUGGUCAUCAUCCCGCACCCCUACAGCAAGAUGUACGUCCUGGUCCAGUACAACAGCAGCUACUUCUCGGACGUCAUGACGCUCAAGAACAAGAAGGAGAUCGUGACGCUGGACAAGCUGCGGGCACACACCGAGUACACCUUCUGCGUGACCUCGCUGCGCAACAGCCGCCGCUUCAACCACACCUGCCUGACCUUCACCACGAGGGACCCGGUGCCCGGGGACCUGGCGCCCAGCACCUCCACCACCACCCACUACAUCAUGACCAUCCUGGGCUGCCUCUUUGGCAUGGUCAUCGUGCUGGGCGCCGUGUACUACUGCCUGCGCAGGCGGCGCCUGCAGGAGGAGAAGCAGAAGUCCGUCAACGUCAAGAAGACCAUCCUGGAGAUGCGCUACGGGGCCGACGUGGACGCCGGCUCCAUCGUCCACGCCGCCCAGAAGCUGGGCGAGCCCCCCGUGCUGCCCGUGGCCCGCAUGUCCUCCAUCCCCUCCAUGAUCGGAGAGAAGCUGCCUGCCUCCAAGGGGCUGGAGGCCGGGCUGGACACACCCAAGGUGGCCACCAAAGGCAACUAUAUCGAGGUGCGCACAGGUGCAGGGGGGGACGGCCUGGCCCGGCCAGAGGAUGACCUCCCGGAGCUGGAAAACGGCCAGGGCUCGGCCGCCGAGAUCUCCACCAUCGCCAAGGAGGUGGACAAGGUCAACCAGAUCAUCAACAACUGCAUCGAUGCCCUCAAGCUGGACUCGGCCUCUUUCCUGGGGGCUGGCAGUGGUGGCGGGGACCCUGAGCUGGCCUUCGAGUGCCAGUCCCUCCCUCCAGCCGCCACCACCUCCACGGCCACUGCCCCCGGGGCGCUGGAGCGGCCCAGCUUCCUCUCUCCCCCCUACAAGGAGAGCUCCCACCACCCGCUGCAGCGCCAGCUCAGCGCGGACGCCGCCGUCACCCGCAAGACCUGCAGCGUGUCGUCCAGCGGCUCCAUCAAGAGCGCCAAAGUCUUCAGCCUGGACGUGCCGGACCACCCGGCCGCCCCGGGGCUGGCCAAGGGCGACUCCAAGUACAUCGAGAAGGGCAGCCCCCUCAACAGCCCGCUGGACCGGCUCCCGCUGGUGCCCGCGGGCAGCGGCGGGAGCAGUGGCGGGGGCGGGGGCAUCCACCACCUGGAGGUGAAGCCCGCCUACCACUGCAGCGAGCACCGGCACAGCUUCCCCGCCCUCUACUACGAGGAGGGCGCCGACAGCCUGAGCCAGCGCGUGUCCUUCCUCAAGCCGCUGACCCGCUCCAAGCGCGACUCCACCUACUCCCAGCUGUCCCCCAGACACUACUACUCAGGGUACUCCUCCAGCCCCGAGUACUCGUCCGAGAGCACGCACAAGAUCUGGGAGCGCUUCCGGCCCUACAAGAAGCACCACCGCGAGGAGGUGUACAUGGCCGCCGGCCACGCCCUGCGCAAGAAGGUCCAGUUCGCCAAGGACGAGGACCUGCACGACAUCCUGGAUUACUGGAAGGGGGUCUCGGCCCAGCAGAAGCUGUGACCCUCUCCUCCCUGGUGAGGCUGCAGGGGGAGGGCCAGGGCGCUCCGGGGGAGGGCCCCGGGGGCCGGGCGGGCAGGGGCGGACGGCCCAGGCGGAGGAGUGGACGCACACGCACACCCGCACGCACGCACCACGCACACACCUGACCACCACCUGACUGUGAACCCACCAACACCGACAAUAACGGACAGGAAAACAAGACACAUUUUCCUUAAAGUUUACAAACUGAUACCGAAAUCAGUCGUCUUUACUGUGCUGCCCAGGGACGCUGCCGGGCGUGCGGGGCUGGGCCAGGGCCAGGCGAGGAGGCCAGAGGAGAGCGGGGACGGGGGCCAGGCGCGGGACUGGGGGAGAGGAGACUGGGAAGACACGGACGGAAGCCCCUCUGGGGCAGGGAGGGCCACCUCCCGAGCUCGGGGACAGGUCACUUGGAGGUGUGGCACUAGGUGGACCUGGGUGCCAUUUCCCUCCACUUCAUGGAUGGCCCAAAGAGCAAGGAGAUGACCCUGGGGUCAUGUGGCAGGUCAGACUCAGUCUCCCGGCUUCCUGGCCCAGGCCGUUCCCCCCAGCCACACCCCGGGGACCCCAGUCCACCAACACCCUUCCAAAGCCGUCAGCGCCUGUGACCGAGGGGCUGGAGAACCAGGAAGGUGCUUUCGGAAGUCCCCUCAGGGCACGGGGCUGAGCGGAGCAGAGCAAGGGGACAAGCCACCACCCCUUCAAGUGUCUUCCAAGUCGCCAGGGGAGCUGCCUGGGGAGGGCGCUGGGUGGGCCAGCUCCCAUGGCGUCUCAGGUGCAGGCCCCACACCCCUGGCCCCAGCCUCUCUGGGCCUCCGGGACCCCUGUCCACCCCGGAGGAGCAGCAGUGAACUGUGACACUCGGGGACAGCGGGGAGGCGGAGGGGGGCUUCCCGCCUGCUCCCUGCAUCCUGCACCCCCCUGCCUGACCCCCACCACGGGUCUCAGGGCAGAGACUCAGCCUACCCAGAGGAGGGAGGAAGGAGGGCCCCCCCACUUGCCCCAUCUCUCAGCCUGGGGGGGGGGGCCCAUGUUACCAUGGAAAUGGCCACUCCCCUUCUGACCCCCACCCAACAUCGAACAAAGCACAAACAGCGAGGUCCCCCCACCACCCUGGGGUGGGGGGGAGCAGGCUGGGUCCACGGCCCCUCCCCCCGCUAGCCCGUCUCCGUGGCAACCGGGUGCCUGGCAGUUGGUGCCCAGAGCAGACCGUGGGGCUCUGGGGGCUGAGUGUGGGCGGCAGCAGAGCGGGAGGGAGGGCCGGGCAGGGGCCGCCCCUCUCAAGAGCCAGGGCCUUCCCAGGACAAGCUGUGGGCGCGGUCCUGAGACCGAGGCUGGCCCCUGGAGGUGGAGGAGGGCUGGGGGGCCGGGGUGGCGAGGGGCCCUGUCAUCUCCCCCCUCGCCCCUGCCAGAGACCCCCAGAUCUGGCUUGUCACCCACUCGGGCUUCUUGAGACUGGGGGUGUGAUGGUGGCCAGGGACAAAGGCCUGUGCUGUGGGGGAGGGGCUCUGACCGGGAAGGCCACUCUCCCUGGGGGCUCCACCCACCCCCUGCUGGGGGGCUUGGGAAAGACCAGGGGGCUCAGCUGACCUCCUCUGUCACAUCACCUUCGGGGGUGGGCUGAGCCCAGAGCUCACUUUGGGGGUGACAUUGGCAAAGAAAAGACUGUUCUCCUGGGGAGAAGAGGGGGUGGGCCGGCAUGGAAACGCAGGCGCAGACCCCCAGCCCCGAGCUCGCCCCCAGCCCUCCUCACACCCGUUGGCAGAGCCGAGCGAGCGGAGGGCGGCGGGAAGCAGGCUCCCUGUUACACUGCAUGACGAUUUUACUGUAUUUUUCUGAGCAAACAUCUGUUGUGUAUGUGCCAGUUUGUCCCGUUGCCCCCCCCCCCAGUCCCUCCAUCGGGAUCUGAGCAGCUCUUGAAACCCAGGGAGGGCCAGCUCUGCAGGAGACCCAAAACAGGUGCCACCCAAGCCCAGCCCUGCCCCACACCCACCUCCCAUCCCUCGCCCACAAGUGCCACCUCCCCCCGCCCCCUCCCCUGGCCCCGCCCAUCCUUCCUGCCCCAGGGCCUUUCCUCAGCUUCUCCAGGAAGAGAACCUCUGACCCUGGAGAGGUGCCAGGACAGGCGGCCCAGGCACAGGGCUCCAUGGAGAGGCUGGGGGCCAGAGGGAGGAGCCUGGGAGGGAGGGAGGGAGCGGCCGGCAGCUUGGCCAUCAGUCCUGGGGGGCCAUGACCUCUAAGACCGACUCCCAUCUCCACAGCAGGACCCUGGCUCCAGGAGGUGACAUGACCUUGGAGACCCACGGGACACUGUUCUCUGAGGCAGAGCAGGGCCUCAGGGGCAGGUCUGGUCCCCCAGCUGCCAGGCCCGACCCGUGGGGAGGAGCCCACCGGAGGCCCCUGCCUGAAAUAUUUACAAAAGACAAAUGACCCUUCAUUCCAGGAGCCUGGCCGAGGGCCCUGCUUAUCAUGACGAUGGUCAGGGGCCACGAGGGGACAGGCGGGGUGGCGCUGGGAGGGGGAGGGGCGUGGAAGGAAAGGGGGCCAGUGGAUCUUCCCGCCUGGAGCCCCAGUGAGGUCACCCUGGGUCCCCUGACCUGGGAACCACCUGUGACUCCUUCCCCAGGACGGGACCAGAGGUGCCCUCUGUCCUGAGGUCACGGCAGGCACUGCCACCUCUGUUGCAGCUAAUGACCUCCCAGAAAUGAGAAGCAGUCACCUGGCCAGAAGAGAUGAGUCUGUGGACACCACCUCCGGGGCCCAGGCCAGGGUCUUCCCGCUUGGGAAGAGUCCCUCUCUGUCCCCCAGAAGUGCCAUGCUCUGUGGCCCUCCUGGAGGAGGGGGCACAGGACCGGGAGCUGAUGUGUCAGGCAGGGGCCCUGUCUGGGGAGAUAUGGGGGGCCCUGGAGAGGCCCUGGGCAGGGGUGAAGGCCAGCAUGGCCGAGGCUCCUGGUGUCCCCGUCCGAGGUGGCUUGUGCCCACUCUGGGGGAAGCAGAAGCACAGGAAACCCAGUGGGAGGAGCCAAAGAGAGGGGCCAGGAAGGGGCCAGACGGGGACGCAGGGACAGGAGCCCCUUCCUGAGAGGCCCAGACACAGUGAAGGGACAGACGGAAAGUGCUUCCCGAAGGUGGCUUCAUGCAAAGAGUUAACCGAGGGCGAUGGAGGGGAGGGACGGGGUCCCUUGUCCCUUGGAGGAGGUGACGGGCAGUCAGACCCGACCUGACAGGGGACCCAGUGGCUGUGAGGAGGGGCUGGUGGCUUCUUGAAGCCCCUCCUUGGGCCACCCCACCAGCCUGCCCUGGUUGGUUCCCAGGCUGAGGAUGGUGGGGCAGGGCAGGGCAUCUCUGGCGUCUGACCCACCAAGGCCAGGGCCAAGGUAGGGCCCCCACGGCGUGUCCAGUCCCUCCCACGGUCCUGCUCUCCGCCCCCCUCAGCCCCCACGCUCACGUCCAUCCCGCCACGCCCCCUCCCGAGCCCCCCCAACCCGGGGACAGCAUCCGUCUCUCCACCUCUUGUCUCAGUGUCCCUCGUGUGGCCAGUCACUCCUGCGGAGCCGAGCCGCAGGGAGGGGAAGAGGGGUCCGUGGGGGCGGGGCCUGGCCUCCUCUCCCCCCAACCCCGUUUCUCUGCCAGACAAGCACAGGGCGGGGCAGGGCUCCGAGCAGGGGCCGCGGCCCCGGGGCUGUGGCCUGGCACCUGGUUUGAGCCCUGCAGAGCUGGGCUCGAGUGGCCUCGGACCUGGGAGCCCAGCUGUGGACGGACCCUCCCUCCCUCCGGGGCCUGGAACUCUCUCCUUUUCUUCUUUUGGGGGGCAACUUCAUUUACUUUCUCCUCCCUCCAUCUGCCCCCCAUCUCCUGUUUUAAACUGAAUGGCACGAAACCGUUUUCCUCAACUCGGAGAUUCCUGUAUGGAGAGAACCAAUUUCUAUAUUUGCAAUAAAUUUCUUAUUUAAAACAG